AUGAUUGAUCCAACAGUAUCAACUUUAAUAUCAACAUUUAUUAGUAAUUAUGCUAACAUUCAUAAAUAUUCUUCUCCAGGUCAAUAUUUACAACACAAUACACAAUCGAUAAUCUACCUGUCAACUGGCAAAGAUUAUACUAAA